GUCCGUAGUGACGCCUAGCGUGAUUCAAGCCGUUCGUGGAGCUGCAUCCUAUCUUCGUUUUCCAGUUUCUGAUCGACUUAAAACUCCGACCACCAUGUCGUCACGUAAAACCGCAGGUCGCCGAGCAACAACCAAAAAGCGUGCUCAGAGAGCAACGUCAAAUGUCUUCGCAAUGUUUGAUCAGGCCCAGAUCGCAGAAUUUAAGGAGGCUUUCAACAUGAUCGACCAGAAUCACGAUGGGUUCAUCGACAAGGAGGAUCUCCAUGACAUGCUCGCUUCGCUAGGCAAGAACCCUUCGGAUGAAUAUUUGGAAGGCAUGAUGAACGAAGCCCCAGGUCCGAUAAACUUUACGAUGUUUCUCACCCUUUUCGGAGAGAGGCUACAAGGCACGGAUCCCGAGGAUGUGAUAAAAAAUGCUUUCGGGUGUUUUGACGAGGAAAACAACGGGCACAUCAACGAGGAGCGUCUCCGAGAGCUUCUCACCACGAUGGGUGAUCGGUUUACGGAUGACGACGUAGACGAGAUGUACAGGGAGGCACCCAUCAAGGGUUCCAUGUUCGAUUAUUUGGAGUUCACUCGGAUUCUGAAGCAUGGAGCCAAGGACAAGGACGAGCAAUGAGCUGUCGAGUCCUCGAUUUCGAGACAUACCCUGUACACGUCAAGUAGUGUAGCAAUUUAACACAAAGGGCACUCCGGACUUCCACAAAUUCAAGGCCCCUCGGCAAGGUGUGCAGUGCGGUUCGUCAAUUUUUUUAUUCACAUAAAUCUCAGCCACGUUUGGUAGACCUGUGUGAAUAUACAAUGACCUGUACACCUUGCGGAUGGAUCCGUUCGCAAAUUCGAUCUCCAGGGUACAGAACAUCAGGAUGAAAACAAAACGAAAAAUAGUCAGAAAUAAGAAUUCGACCGUGCGGAGGAGCAGCUGUAAAUCCUACGGAAUCCGGCCACCAGGUUGGAAGCGUGCCAACUGUUACUUUUUCCACUUUCUACUUUCCUGUCCUUGCUGCAUUUUAACUCGAUCCCGAGAGUCCUGAGGUGCAUCUUCAGAUAAAAUUUAUACAUAUAUAUAGAGAGAGAGAAAUGCGUUGCCUUAAGAGAGCAAGUCGAGUGAGACAUCUCGAGGCGUCCUGCCUCGGUAUUAUUUCGAGAGCUGCGGACGGGCCGUAACUUAUUAACGUAUUCUAAUGUGCAUAUUUAAGGCGCGGUUGUCGCGCUCUAGGGAAACCAUGUAAGAGACGUUUACCAGUCGUUAUGUCGGCAUUUAUAUAUUUUAAUAUAACGAUAUAAUCGGUU